AUGAAUAAGCUCAUCUCACUUUUGACUCUUGUUUCAGCGGCGUUGGCCCUUCCUUUUAUAUCCUACGAUGAAUGUAAGAAGGUUUACAACGCUUGCAUCGCGGCUGGAACACCAGAAGUAGCAUGCUCUUGCACCCUAACAGCUUGUGUUGGUGAAGAUAGUGCGCGAAUUCGCGACUAUUGUUCUUCUGCCACAGCAUCUCUCGCGCAGCCCACCAAGACAGGAAUUGCAUCUGCUGGCAAGAACAAUACACUUCCCGUUGAAACCGUCACUCCUAUUCCUGGUAUACCAGGAGGUUGCAAUCCUGCUCAUCCUGGAUCAUGCCCGCCGCCUUAUCAUACGGGACUUCCCCCGACCUUCACCCCUAUCCCUAUUGUCCCUGGGGGAUGCAGCCCAGCCCACCUAGAACUUUGCGUCUCAGCUCAUGCCACCUCUACUGCGACUUCAGCCGCAACCCACCCUCCCUAUCCCGUCCCGACCAACGGCACUCAACCAGUACCUGGCAUAUAUCCUAGACCCACGCCUGUGAUUGGCAAGACUUGGGCUAUCCAGAAUCUCACGCGUUAUUGCGGUGAAGAUGACGAUGGAUGUGACUAUAACUUUAUAGUUGAGGCCGAUGGCAAGACCGAGAGAUGUACCAUCGUCCGUAUGCCUGGCUCCAAUGCUGCUACAGAAAGCUGGGCCAAUGAGCCUUGCACUGAUGGGUCUAGCUUGAGGAUCUCUUGGGGUUAUGUUACUGAGCCUGCUCCUGCUUUUGCUGUCAUCACCGUCGUGAGACUUAAAGAGCUUGCUUGGUUCGGCGUCAGCGAUGUGAACGGCCAGAAGGUCACAUCAUCGAACCCCUACGGCUCUGGGGACUAUGGCUCUCUGGGGCCAGAACAGGUUUACACCUACUAG